ACGCUCCUCCAUUGAAACUCCGGAAGCUUAGGUUAGAGAGAGCCUAGGUUUAGGGUUAGGGUUUUGCAGAAGGCGGGAAACAGGGAGGGAGAGAGAGAGAGAAGGAGAGGAAACGCCAUGAGCAGAAGCUUGGGAAUACCUGUGAAGCUUCUACACGAAGCCGCGGGUCAUGUGGUGACUGUGGAACUGAAAAGCGGUGAGCUUUACAGAGGAAACAUGAUCGAGUGCGAAGAUAAUUGGAACUGUCAGCUUGAAAGCAUCACCUUCACCGGCAAGGAUGGGAAGGUUUCACAGCUUGAGCAUGUUUUUAUCCGAGGCAGCAAAGUCAGGUUUAUGGUCAUUCCAGACAUGCUGAAGAAUGCUCCAAUGUUCAAGCGUCUUGAUGCUAGAAUCAAGGGCAAGGGCUCAGCACUUGGAGUUGGCCGGGGUAGGGCCGUUGCAAUGCGUGCUAGAGCUCAGGCGGCUGGUCGUGGAGCUCCACCUGGUAGGGGUGUGCCACCAGUACGGAGAUGAUAGAAUUUUCUUAAUAUAAUCAAAUGCCCUUCAUUCAGAAUUUGUAGGUUAUUUAUAGCCAGUUGCCUGAGUACUUUCUUCUUAUUAAGAUCCAGGCUCUCAGUUGACUAGGAAGAAAAAAAAUGUUGUACAAGGAUAUGGAUAACUACCUUUUCUCCCUUCCAUUUGAAAGUAUAUUGCCUAGAUUUUGUCCAACCUAUGUGUCCUUGUAUGCAUGUUAUCCAGACUGCUGACUUUUUCAUUUGAAUUAACCUUUUAUCAUGUUUGUUUGGCCUUUCA